AUGCUGCGUGCCACUGCCACUGUCCCCGGUGUCCACGUGGACCUCUUGCGUAGUGCCCUUGGUAACCAAGCUCUUACCCACAACCGCAGCUUUAGAUUCUCCCGAGUGGGGGAUGAAGGGGUACCAUCCAGGCAGCAGUGUCCACCAGGCUUCCCUGGCUGCGAGGCUGCGAGGCCCCCCACAGAGGGCACUGCCCACCAGACCACACCACUGGCCCUGAUCGAAGAAGAUCCAAACCUUCCAACAGUGGCUGCCACAACAGUCUCCACCUGGGUUGCACAAAUAAUGUUUGGCCUAAUUCAUAGUGCACUGGGGAUGCUCUGGUUCUUUUUGUACUAUCUAGAGGAAGAGGAUUACAGUGUUGGUACUGUCGGUAUGAUUGUUAUCUUCUCCUACAUGUUGGCAUCUGGAUCAUUUUUCAUCAACUCAGGAUCCAGCAGUGUAAUCCAUGGUAAUGCUACAACAUGUCAGGUUAUGUUAGCAAUUGUAACAAACAUCAUAAGUAGUUUGGUGUCUAUCAUUGGUUUAAUUAUAAUGGGCAUUGAGUUUCCAGCUUUUGAAUCAUUAGGAACUGAAUACGUUUGGUCAAAUAUGGCUGGCAUGAUGCUUCUGCAGAUCUCUGCCCUAUGUACCAUGUCAGAGAUGAUCGUUGCAAUCAUAGUGGCCUACUGGUUCAGAAAAGUGUUUGAUCAAGAGAAACUCUGGGGUGAAGGUGAGUAA